AUGGAGAUGAAUUCUCUGGGUGGCAGCAAGUAUCUACUGCUGAUCGUUGACGAAGCCAGUGGAUGCAUGAAGGGCUUCUGUCUACAAGUGAAGUCGGAGAGUGAAAACUACAUCACACGAUACAUCAAGAUGGUGCAAGCGCAGUUUGGCAAGAAGGUCAAGCUCGUCCGACACGACGGAGCCCGCGAGUUCGCUACCAACUCGCUUUAA